AUGGCGACAUUGCUUCUCCUGGGUCUCUGUUUAGCUUCCUCGGUAGCAGGAGCGAAUGUCAACCUCACGAGUGCAGGGUGUGUCGACCCCUCUGGACUCCAAGCUUGUCAGAAUAAAGUGAACGAGCAAACAACCUCUUGCAUCAACCAGGCAAAGCGCGAUUCAAGCCAACAAGAGCUCCUUGCAUGUAGCUGUGCGGAUUACAUCAACAACUACAACUGCUAUGCGGCCUUUUGCUGGAACCGGGUCUGGGAAUGCGAGUAUCAGGAAUAUGUGAUCUCGUACAUGGAAAAUUGCGCAACCGCGAAACUACCGGUCCCCUACUUCCCGGCUCCAGACGGUGCUGCUGAUGCCUGCUCAUGCAACCUCGGUAAGGUGCACAUGGCCGUUGUGGAUGCGAUUCAAGAGACUGCGACUUGUUCAAACAACGCCGACUCUGGAGAUGCCUCGAGCAACGUGCAGCAGAUCCAAGGAUGCAAUUGUUGUGAGAUCAGCGGAGCAUUUUCUAGUAUUUUUGAGAUCUGUCCCAAUACAGAUCCUACACUUAUCGGGCUCUCCAGCAUCGGUGAUCUCGAGUCGGAACUGAACACGCAAUUCUCAUCCUGCGGACCUUACUUAGAGACAUAUGAUUGUAUUUCCUCGCUCUCGUACUCGUUGGAUGGCGUCAGUACAUUCCUUAAACCUUCGGACCCUCUGCAGACCGGUACGGACACUUUGAGCAAUGGGCCGGGCUCUGUAACAACGCCUGCGAGUGGGCAGGUAUUCUCUUACACCAACGGGGGUGAUGGAGUGGUUUAUACCAUCACCGCUGCCACCGGGGCCGCUGAAAUCAGUGCUAAAACGAGUGCUGCGGUUCCCGGCUCAGGUUCUGCGCAGUCUGGAAGCGAUUCAACAACUUCUGCAGCGAAAAGCACAGGAACGGCAAAGUCGAGUGGUGCCCGCGUGUUUGCCAGGGGUCCAUUUACAACGUUUGUGUUGGGCUGCUCGGCUUUGGCUGUAAUACUUUUGUAG